CCCUCACCUCCCAGCGAGUAGUCAUUACCCUUCCAAAUUAUCCUCGGAUUGCCUUUUUUCCCCACCUCCCUUCUGACCAGAAAGUGGUCCCAUUCACUGGAUGGGACACUGCUCUGUAACGGGCUGGACGCCAGGCACCCGCAGCAUCACAAGUGCCUCACGUGUCUCAGCCAAGAGGAAGUGACAGAAUAGAAACCUUUCCCGGGGCCCCUGGGUGGCUCAGUGGGUUAAGCCUCAGCCUUCUGGCUUUCUGCUUGGCAGGGGGGGCGGCUCUACCCUGCCCGGCCUACUUGUUAUCUGUCAAAAUCCCCCCCCCCCCCCAAAAUUUUACCUUUAACCAAACCCCUUGGCUUACAUACCCCAUUUCUGGGGAACAUUGGGGUAUGUGUCCCCACGGGUUUUGUAAUCCCUUGGGACCUCUGGCAGACUUGGAUACAUUGUUCCCUGAGGAACAGCUGCCUCCAGACUCCCAUCUAUGUGUGAACUUUUGAAGGCUGGUGGCACCCACUUGGGAAGCCAGGGCAACCCCCCUCACUCAAUGACAAAGGUCAGUGACUCAGGGAUCGGUGGCUGGGGCUGAGGUACUUGAGUCAGGCUGGGGUGUGGACCGCCGGAGUUACAGGAAGUCAAAAUCCUAAUUCCUCCUUCUCCAAACGGAGGCAGAGGGCUAGGGUUGAGCAAGCAGCGGGUGCAGACAAACCCAACCCGGACUGCCAGGGUGAGGCCCGUCGGUCAUGAGGCUCGCUGUGCUCUUCUUGGGGGCCUUGGGGCUGCUGGCAGGUAAGGAGAGGCCCAAGGGGAGGAGGCCCCGGGAGGGGCAUGCCCGAGGGCUGCUGACCAGUCUUCCUCUGCUGAAAGCCCAGGGGACGGGGAACGACUGUCCUCAUAAGAAGUCGGCCACUCUGCUGCCGUCCUUCACGGUGACCCCGAUGGCCACAGAAAGCACAGCAAGCCCUGGGACCACGAGCCACAGAACCACCACGGCAAGCGCCACCAGCCAAGAACCCACGACAGCCACUCACAAGCCCCCGACCACCCCCAGCCAUGGAAACACCACAGUUCACCCAACGACAAGCAACAGCACCACCGCCAACCCCAACACCUCCACCAGCUCCCCCCACCCAGGGCCACCGCCCCCUCCGCCCCCACCGCCCAGUCCCAGCCCGGGGCCCCAGGAGGCCAUAGGAGACUACACUUGGACCAAUGGCUCCCAGCCCUGCGUCCGGCUCCAAGCCCAGAUUCAAAUUGGAGUCAUGUACCCAACCCAGGGCGGAGGAGAGGCCUGGGGCAUCUCGGUCCUGAACCCCAAUAAGACCAAACCAGAGGGGCGCUGUGAGGGCGCCCACCCCCGUCUGCUGCUCUCGUUCCCCUCUGGACAGCUCAGCUUCGGAUUCGAGCAGGACCCACGGCAGGGCGCGGUCUACCUGAGCUCCGUGGCUCUGGAGUACAACGUGUCCUUUCCUCGGGCAGCGCAAUGGACCUUCUUGGGUCAGAAUUCAUCCCUUCGGGCUCUCCAAGCGCCCCUGGGCCAGAGUUUCAGCUGCAGAAACGCGAGUGUCACCCUGGCACCGUCUCUGCGCCUUGACCUGCUCGGGCUGAAGCUUCAGGCUGCUCGGCUGCCUCCCUCGGGGGCCUUUGGGCCAAGUUUCUCCUGUCCCAGCGACCAGUUCAACCUGCUGCCCGUUAUCAUCGGCUUGGUGGCGCUCGGCCUCCUUGCCCUGGUGCUGGUUACAUUCUGCGUGGUUCGGAGACGCCCACCCUCCUACCAGGCCCUCUGAGGAUCUGUCCCAACACCAGAGGACACCACGGGGCCCGCGGUUCUCCCCACUCAACCGACUCAGAAACAAAAGUUGUCUUCCCUCUCCGCCUUCACGGUCACCAACAAGAGCAGAGCUAAUGCCACAUGGAGGGAUGGAGGAGAAAGAUGUUUGUUAGAUGUGACCUGUUUUUCCUCUCCCAGCCCCCGAAUAAUAAAACCUGCUCGAACCUCUGC